AAUAAAACACGAGGAACCAGAAACCGGGAGAAUAAAACACGAGGAACAAGGAGAGUUCAUUGAAGAUAACGAGGAGAAUGAAGAACUGUUUGAAGUUGAGGAGAAAAAUCAUGCUAAAACUGGAGAAAAACCCUUGAGUUGCUCUCAAACCAAACAGAACGAUUUAAAGAAAAGAAGAGCCAAUAAAUCUUUCACCUGCACUCAGUGUGGAAAGUGUUUCACAUUCAAACAUCAUCUUGUGCUUCACAUGAGAGUUCAUACUGGAGAGAAACCGUUCACUUGUGAUCAAUGCGGGAAGAGCUUCACACAGUUAUCAAGCCUUAAGGAUCACAUAAACAUCCACACUGGAGAGAAACCAUACAAGUGUACACACUGCGAGAAGAGAUUCAAUCGGUUAGGACACCUUAAAAUACACAAGAGGAUCCACACUGGAGAAAAACCGUACACAUGUGAUCAGUGUGGGAAGAGUUUCACAAUAAAAGGAAACCUUUCAGUACAUAUGAGAGUUCAUACUGGAGAGAAACCGUACACAUGUGAUCAAUGUGGAAAGAGUUUCACACGAUCAUCACACCUUAAGGAUCACAUGAACAUCCACACUGAAGAGAAACUGUACACGUGAUCAAUGCGGGAAAAUGUUUUUGAGAGCUUCAGACCUAAAGCAGCACAUGAAUUUAAAACAGCAUGAGAGGAUUCACUCUGGAGAAAAACCUUAUAAGUGUUCACAUCUUCAGAUCUAAUGCUGCCUUCUUACCAAAUGUGACACAAUAAUGCAUUAAGCAAUAACAGUGAAUAAAGUUCAUCUUCAAAACCAGCAGAUUCAACUGUGAUUCAGAUCAAUUCAAAGAUGGAGUUCCUCUUCAAAGAAUAAUGUCAAAUGUUUUAUUCUUGUAUGUAAUUUUGCUUUCUUAUAUUAUCCAGCACCCGGGGAGCAACUGGGGGUUCAGUGCCACUCAAGGGCACUUCAGCCAUGGGUAUUAAGGGUGGAAGAGAGCGCUGUUCAUUCACUCCCUCACACCUACAACUCCUGCCAGCACCGAGACUCGAACCUGCGACCUUUUGGUUACAAGUGCAACUCUCUAACCAUUAGUCCACAGCUGCCCACGUAUAUCAGUGGCUAGCGUUGUAUGGGUAUGCUAAGUGAUAAGACUUCCCAACUUUAUUAACUGUAAGCAACAAACAAAGGGAACAAUAUAAUGUAUGUUAUUAUUAAAAUUGUAUAUAGCCCAUGUUUUUGUAAACGUUAAUAAAACGUUUUGUAAAUGUUUUAUAAACUUUUUUUAAAGCAACAUAGUAUAAAUAAAAACAAAGUACCAUAUAGACGGCAUGCCAACAAUAACGGCGCCAUCUUAAAUCCAAAAUUCAUAAAUAAUUAUGAACAGAAGAUCAUAAAUUUGUUUUCUUCAUGUAGCCAGUGGUGUUAAUGGACAAGGGAAAACACUGGGGAUUUUAGCUAAAUUAUA